AUGAUUUCAUGCCAUUCCAGCCCAGUUUAUCGAGAUCUCAAUUUGCUACCCAGGGACCUAAGCACUGACCCUACUGGCGGAUCCAACGUUGAGCCCACUGGCGAAGGCAAUAGCGAGCCUGCUAUCGACCCCAUUACUGACACCGCUGUCAAUGCUAAUGCUAAACCUGCCGUGGAAGCUAACGUUGAGCCUACUGUGGAUAAUGGUAAUCCUACUGCCGAUCCUAUUACCGAGCCUGUUGUCAAGGCUAAUGGUAACACUGCUACUAAAGUUUAUGCAGAGCUUUCUGUGAAAGGCAACGUGGAUCCCGCAGUCGAAGGUAAUGGUAAGCCUGCUGUCGAACCCACUAUCAAACCUGUUGUCGAAGCUAAUGCUGACCCUUCCGUGAAAGACAACGUUGACACCGCCGCCGAGGCCAAUGCACAGGCCACGCCAGCGGGGCUUGAGCCUGGGGAGAUCCCCUCAGCGGCACCAAAAGCUCACCGUCCUACCCUGCCAGCAAAACACCCCCGCCGCAAAUCCCGACGAUACCCGGAUCGGCACAUCGUACCAACCAAUCCGUCUCCUAGACCCGGCCUAGGGCAGCCAGGGUCGGCUCUAAGCAUUCCCAGCCCUGAACAACAAGCCAAAACGUUAAGCCACCAAGUGGCAGUCGGGGCUGACGGAAAGGCCAGCCGGAAAAGAAAGCGCGCCUUAUCCCCAGAUCCACCUACAGGUUCGUCCAGGCCAGCGAAGAGGAACAACACUAGUAAGGCAAGCAAGCGGUUCUGCUGGCAACUCGGCCACGAGUUUUCUGGCUUUAUCUCCGACGUCAAGGGCCCCAUCGCUUUAAAUUUUGCCAAGAACAUACUUGAACACCCCGUGCCCGACACGGUAGAGAAACGGCUUGUGUACUUCAGUGAUGCGUCUCAGCGUGCACUAUGCGGUGCAGUCGGUAUUGUCUGGCCAGUGUGUCUAACAACCUCCGAUUGGGAGGGAAAGGGCGUGUAUUAUCCGACAAGCACUGAUGACAGUUCUAUUCUGGAACUGUUUGGGAUUGCGUGCAGCCUUGAAAUAGCAAUUCACGAUAUGGGAAAGGAAAGGGCAACUGUCGCUAAAACCCUCCCGCAUACCACCUCAAAGCCUCACGCAAUGUCAAAGGAGGUUUUUGUCUUUACCGAUGACGUUGAGGCGCUGAAGCGCAUUCGUGGAGACCUGGCUUACGACCCUACGAACGAUGUCGCCAACCUGUUGGAAAGAAUUAGUCAGCACUCAAAGGCACUGCAUAGGCUCGGUGUCCAUGUCGAGCUCCACUUGAGCCCGGGGCAUUCUGGGGUCCCCGGCAACGAAGCUGCUGAUACACUGGCGAAAAAGACAAUGUACGAGCUUUUUGCGGCAACGAACAGCUCCUGGUCAACUGCUAAAUCCGCUACAAGCAUGCCUACACAGCCUGCUCCAGUCCGGGUGUCUACUUCUCGUAGAUCCCGACUGGGUCUACCCCCCUUGCCUGUGCCCCCUCCCAUCAUCUCCUGA